UCCCCCCGCCUGUAGGACAGUUUAUCUACCCAUUAUUCUGUAUUCAUAUAGCGCCGCAGCACUCUAUAGACAUUAUACAACGGCCGCUCCCUAGGCCAAUAAUACCGCGGUGGGGACAGGCUGCUUAGCUUGGCCAUGAGUUAUAGGCAGUUAUCGGGGUCACGUGUUUUGGGGUACGCUGCAAGACAUUUUUCGAACGCUCUUGUAACCCGAUGACUAAGCGAUUGCAGUGGUGAUGCAUGACGUUGCUUCCAUGGCAACGAGUGUAGCCAGUGGGAGAGAAGCUCCGAUUGGACCAAAUAAGUGUCAGUCUGGUAGCAGGAGGAACGAGCCUUGGGGUGUGAAGAGACUCCUAGAAAGAGAGAGAGAGGGUGGCACCUGUCUGGGUAAGCUGUUCCUACUGUGCUGGUUUGUGUCAGAUGCCCGAGCAGCAUGUGCCCCUGACUACUUUGUAGCAGCAGAAGAAUCCAUGUGUGAAUCCAUGCCUCUCAGGCCUAACAAUGGAGGGCAGCAGUAGAGAUCUGGUGGAGAAGUUUGUUGGAAAGAAACUUUUCCAGAAAGGAGCAUGCAGGAAGUUCUCAAAUAACUCCCAACCUAAAGCUGUAUCUAAUGGAACUUCAGAGGGCCCUGGGAAAGGGGCUUCACAGGGCAUUGUGGGGGAGGUAGUCCUUCAGGCCCUGUUGGAAGCAUCGGAGGAAUUUGAAUUGAGAUAUCAGCGUGCCUUCAGUGACCUGACCUCACAGCUGCACAUCACCCAGGACACAGCGCAGCAGAGCUUCCAGCAGGUUGUGGGAGAGUUGUUCAGGGAUGGCACAAACUGGGGGAGAAUUAUGGCUUUCUUCUCAUUUGGGCGGGCCCUGUGUGUGGAGAGUGCAAACAAGGAGAUGACUGAUCUGCUACCCAGAAUUGUCCAGUGGAUGGUGAAUUAUCUAGAGCACACACUACAGCCCUGGAUGCAGGAGAACGGAGGCUGGGGAAAUCUGUUAAACUCUGCGAUAUUGGAAGCUUUUGUCAGCCUGUAUGGAAAGGAUGCUGCAGCCCAGAGCAGAGAAAGCCAGGAACGAUUUGGCAGGUGGCUACUGACUGUAAUGACUCUGACUGGUGCUUUCCUAUUGGUUUCCUACAUAAUGCGCCUAUAGAAUCCUCAACCCCAGGAAGUUGUGCAAUACACCUUCUCUAACAUGCUGUUCGCUUGCAUUGGGUCACCUCUCAUGGACAUUUUAGUCCAGUGGCUUGGAUUUUUUUGGCUUUCAGGUGCAACAUUUGUUGAUGUCCCCUUUGUUCACAGCCGUAACAGGUAGAUGAAAACACGGCUGUAUCUGCUCCAAGAAUAUCAGUAUCUUAAUCCUAUCUUAACUGGCCUUCAGCCUGAGCUGCUACAUGAGCAAUGGCCUCCCUGGGGAGACCAUACGAUUUGGGAACCUCUGUGUUAGGUUGUUUGUUAUUGCCUUGCGCUCGGCAAUAGUUAUUAAACAUUAUGUGUAAAA